AUGGAUAUUCCUGAAACUGUAUCUCAAAAGGGCAAAGAGAAAGUUGUGAUGCCUGGUGUACCAAAACUGAAGAAAACCCUGACGAAAGGAAUUGUUAUUGAGGAACACGUGGAAGAGGAUAGUGACACUGAGACAAGAGGAAGGAUCGAUGACGAGGAUGAUGUCAUUGUUAAAGAUUUUAAAAGGAGAAAGGGUUUUGUCAAGGACAAGAGUUUCAAGAGUAAGAUUUUUCUUAGCCAAAAACAUCUUGAGUGGUAUGAGGCCCUGAAGGAAGGAGGAGUUAUGCCUCAUAUGGGGCUACGCACCAACCUCUAUAUAGAGGAUGGUAAGCAUACUAAGAGACUCUCAACAAAUUUCGCAGUGGCUCUUCGUUCCCUGUUCACAAGCUUCCUUCCCUCCUCAAUCGGCCAUAAACCCUCUCUCUUAUUCUAUACACACCCUCGCUUCUGGUCCUCCUCCUCCCCCUCCUCCUCCUCCUUCAGCGGCCGAUUUGUGAUAUGCGUUCCGAAGAUUGAAGACCAAGAGAUCGUGAGACGUUCAGUGAAUUGGCAACCUAGCAUAUGGGACUAUGACUUUGUGCAGUCACUUAGUGUUGCUCACACGGAGGAUAAAUACACUGAACAAGUCCAAAGGUUGAAGGAAGAAGUCAAGGGUCUAUUCGAUAGGGAGAUGAACCGGGUGGCCAAGCUCGAGUUCAUUGAUAUGGUUCAAAGACUAGGACUGGGAUACCAUUUCCAGACGGAGAUAAAAGACGCUCUCCGUUCCAUCCAUAGCAAGACCGGAGAUGCUCAGCUUUCCAAUGAUCUCUGUGCUGCUUCCCUUCGAUUCCGGUUACUUAGACAACAUGGAUACGAUGUGCCACAAGGUCGGACAUCACGGACAUCGAUAGGCUUCCUCCAACUAUAAGGGAUAGUUUUAUGGUCUUGUACAACACGACCAACGAAGUUGGGUAUUGGACGAUGA